AUGCCACUUGCUUUUUCGUUUGUAUACUAUGCUGUCUAUCCUCUUUGGACCCUGCUAUCAAAGGUUGCCAGGUUACCCCACACGCACACGCUGAAUGACAGCGGCUACUCCGCACACAAUCUGUCCACUACGAUCUCGCCAUUGCACGACCGAGCCAGCCACGAGGACAUUAGCGACCGCUUGUUCAACCCACUCAGCUUCUUGACCAGUCUGCUGGUAACAACUACAGACGCGGAAGAUCAGAUGCCGCGUCAAACAACCGAGCAAGCGCUCCCGCAGAGUAACCUGUCGUCAACGAUUAGCGCUUAUGGCACCACACCUAUUGGCGGCGUGGGCGGCAAAAGACGAUCCCGGCAAUCCAAGCGGUCAGAAAGCGGGGAUCUGGCGCCGUCAGCCAACGAGUCGUUCCUGUUCGAUGAUACAUCGUCACUACAAAGCUGGACGACGUCUUCCACAGUAUGUACCGUUUCAGAGCUCGAUAAUGACCUAGACCCAAUCCAAGGCGUGCUACAGCUUGUGCCAGAUGGCGAUGUCAUAGAAGCGGCCACAAUGCCGCCGCCAACUUUUACUUGCCGUUUCUGGUUCCUCCGUUGUGACUAUGCGUCCACCAAUGAGAUGGAGUGGAAAGAGCAUAACCUCGCCCACUUCCGGGGACAGUCGCCGCCUCUGUCGAAUACGUGUCCCCUUUGUGAUAUGACGUUCAACAUCCCAGAUCCGAACGUCUCAUGGGCGGCCAACAUGUCACACCUGGCGCAGCACUUCAAGCUGGGAGAUACCAUGGCGUCGGCGUUGCCCGAGUACGCUCUCGUCCGCCACCUGUGGUCGAAAAGGAUUAUCUGCGAUGCCGACUAUCAGGAACUAAUGGGGUAUCGUCGAAAGCAUGGCAAGUACCAGUACAAGAUUCUCGAAGGCCGAGAUCGUAGGGAAAGACGAGGCUAUUACGGCCCGCAGUCAAGGAUAUAA